CCUCCCUUCCUUCCGUCUACUCUCAAUUCGACGUCCAGCAAGCCGGGCGAACAUGGCCCACAGAGGCCACCGUAUCGGAUGUCAGCGGCUACCCACAAAGAGUUAAGGGAGGACGUGGGGUGGUGGCGGAGCUGGCUGCAGCAGAGCUAUCAGGCAGUCAAAGAGAAGUCAUCCGAAGCUUUGGAGUUCAUGAAGCGAGACCUGACAGAGUUUACUCAGGUGGUACAACAUGACACAGCCUGUACCAUCGCAGCCACGGCCAGUGUGGUCAAGGAGAAGCUGGCUAUUUCAGCCUGUUCCUGGGGCACUUGCUUCCUCUAUCGGUUCUCUCUGCAGACUGAAGGCUCUUCAGGGGCGACAGAAAAAAUGAAGAAGGGAUUGUCUGACUUCCUAGGGGUGAUCUCAGACACCUUUGCACCCUCACCGGACAAAACCAUUGACUGCGAUGUCAUCACCCUGAUGGGUACACCCUCUGGCACAGCCGAGCCCUAUGAUGGCACCAAGGCUCGCCUCUAUAGCCUGCAGUCAGACCCAGCAACCUACUGCAAUGAACCUGAUGGGCCCCCGGAAAUGUUUGACGCCUGGCUUUCCCAGUUCUGCUUGGAAGAGAAGAAGGGGGAGAUCUCAGAGCUCCUUGUAGGCAGCCCCUCCAUCCGGGCCCUCUACACCAAGAUGGUUCCAGCAGCUGUUUCCCAUUCAGAAUUCUGGCACCGAUAUUUCUAUAAAGUCUAUCAACUAGAGCAGGAGCAGGCCCGGAGGGAUGCCCUGAAGCAGCGGGCAGAACAGAGCAUCUCUGAAGAGCCUGGCUGGGAGGAAGAAGAAGAAGAACUUGUGAGCAAUUCACCCAUAUCUCCAAAAGAGGCAAAGAUUCCUGUGACCAUAACUUCCACACCUUCUGAAGGAAGACCUGCCCCCCAGAGCUCCUGUGAAGAGACUCCUGUGAUCCCAGUUGAGCCCCCAGCAGAGGUGACUCCAUCAGAGAGCAGUGAGAGCAUCUCCCUGGUGACACAGAUUGCCAAUCCUGCCUGUACACCUGAGGCACCAGUGCUUCCCAAAGACCUGUCCCAAAAGUUGCUUGAGGCAUCUUUGGAGGAACAGGGCCAGGCUGUGGAUGAGGGCGAGACUGGUCCCCCACCCCCAGUUACCUCCAAGCCCCUAACUCCUGCUGGCCGCCCCAGUGUUCCAGAGCCCAGGCCUCCAGCCAGAGUAGAGACUCUGAGGGAGGAGGUGCCCACAGACUUACGGGUGUUUGAGCUGAAUUCGGAUAGUGGGAAGUCUACACCCUCCAACAAUGGCAAAAAAGGCUCAAGCACAGACAUCAGUGAGGAUUGGGAGAAGGACUUUGACUUGGACAUGACCGAAGAAGAAGUGCAAAUGGCACUUUCCAAAGUGGAUGCCUCCGGUGAGCUAGAAGAUGUAGAGUGGGAGGACUGGGAAUGAGGGGAAUCAGAGCACACAGCUCCCCCACUCACGGCACCUCCUACCUCCCUCGCUCAUCUCAGCCCAGCCCUGGAUGACACUGACUGAGAAUGUCCCCCAAAUGGCCUUUGCCAUCCAGACCUCUGGUGGCUCCCUGCUGGUCCUUUGAGCCUCUGCUCACACCUGGGAAGGGGCUGUCUAAAUCCACGCCCAGGACUCUGACUCCUGCCAACUUUAGGAUAACCUAAGGGGAGGACACCACCCUCACCGGAGAGCCUACAUUUCCCUGCUGAACACUCACUGCUCCUGGGGCCUCCUGCUGGGAAGCCCCAAGGGGCAGCUCCAACCCUUCUGUGAGCUGACAAGCCGAAGCUGAACCACCAGUCUCUGGGAGGAAGCCACAAGAGCACAUGCUGUCCACCCACAAGCAGACAAGGAAGGCAGUGCCACCUGCCCUUGGCUAAACAGGGACAGCAAGCACAUGUUGGUUCCUAUGCCAGUGGAUAAAAGGCACUCAUCUAUGAGAAAUUUGCCUAUCUUGGGAAUCUUCCCCUCCCAGGCAUUUUCCAUUCCUGGAAAGGUUCCUUGGGAUUCAGAAUCUAGAAACCAAACCCUAACCCACCUCCUUCCUUUCCUCCAGACCCCACUGGGAUGUCCCUGUUUUUUCCCAGGGCGGCUUCAUGUCAAAUGCACCCAAGUCCUUAGCCCAGCUGUGCCAAUGCAAGGGUCCACUCUUGCAUUUCCUCCUCUCCUCAAGAAGGGAGGGGGCCACUUCAGGCCCCUCUGUGCAUUGCCUGGCAGGACACCUGGUCCAAGCAGCUACCCACCUCGACUUCCCUGUAGCUUAGGACACAAGCCAACUACCAGCGGUACAGAGCAGUGAACACAGGUGAGGUAAGACCAGCUUCUCCCGCCUCAGCCCUCUGCUUCCAAAGGGAUGUGCCGGGGCAAAUGUCCUGAGAUUCCCUGGGUUUCUGCAGAGGCUCUCCUGGAAGACAGAGCCAACCUGUGGCUCCCACCCUCCACUUUGGUGAAGCCACAUCUCUUAUGGGGUAGUGAGGGCUGCAGGGAUUCCUGGAGACCCUGGUGCUUCACGAUGCAGCUCUCGUGAUUCUUGUACAUAAGCUGGUGUGUCCACCAGUGAUUUAAAGGGAUUGUGGUCAGGGAUGCCAAGAGUGGGGCACUGUGCAUCAAAUGUUGAGUGAGGGGGUGGGAUGAAGAGAAUACUGAUUCUUUUUUUUUUUUUUUUUGAUGGGAUGGGGUUUUUUCUCUUUGUAAUUAUUUCUUUAGUUUAAUUAACCCUUUGGUUGUUUGUGCAAUAUUAUAUAUUUUAAAUUAUAAUGCAUCUCCCCAGAGUAUUUUGUAGCCAGGAAAAGAAAAAAGGAAAAAAAAAAGAAAAAAAAAAGAUUCUAACAGCUGUUAGUUUUGUAAUUAAAAAGGAAAGAAAAAAGAACUUUGUCCUGAACCUUUUACAGAAUUGCCGUUAACAGCAUUAAAGAAAUUCAACAGAA